CUUUGUUUCUUCAAGCUGGCAGUGCCUCCGAAUAUUGAACAUAAUCUGAACAUUAAUCUAAGAGGAAUGUCUUGGAAGCAGUCAAGAGGAUUUUCACAAAGUUCACAAUUCAAAUGUAAGUUAUUGUUGUUGAUCAUAUGAGAGUUGUGUCUGCCGCUCAGCAAGAAGUAGUGGAUCAGGAAGAAAACCAAGUGCCUCAGCCUUAAAAUGAAUCGUCUGAACAGUGAAAGAUCAAUGUUUCUUUUACAGCGUAUCUCUAAAGAUAAGGCACAGCAGGAGUUAAUGUCGACCUCAAAGGAUAAUUUUCCUCCAAAACUUAGUUGAAAUGUGUGCAUAUGAUCGUACGAGCACAGCAGCAGGGUCUAUACAAGAAGAAAACAACGAGGAAAGGACGGCUGUGGUCAUCAUAAUACCGGCAGUGGAACUAACUUAAAAGUAAAGGUCCUGCUGAAACCGUCUACAGUGAUGAAGUCCCCAGAGUUUUCCCUGCUGUCCUCAUUGAGGGAAGAGUUGAAAUCAGAGGAAUUCAUUCAACCGCACUAUAAAGAGUCCUAUCGCCUGGCGAUCGAUUGCCUGGCCAGCGGUGGCAGAGACAGUUACCAGGAGUUCCUCAAGGGAGAACGUAUCGGCAGCUUCCUCUCAGAGGAAGAGCUGCUCUUCAUCACUGAGAAAGUAGAAAAUCUCCCAACCAAUAACCAUGCGGAGGAAACCAGUGGUCCACAGGACAACGAGUCAUCUUCAGGGACGUACUGGCCUGUCCACUCGGACGUGGAAGCGCCCGACUUGGACUUGGGUUGGCCGAAUGUCAUGCAAGAAAAACUACAGACAAAUAUAGAUCUGCUCUUUCAUCCACCAAGACAAAACAACCCCACCAUCAAAGAGGUGAUUCGGAAGCAUAUUCAAGAUGCAAGACAGGUUGUUGCCAUUGCGAUGGACAUGUUCACGGAUGUAGAUAUAUUCAAAGAAGCUGUUGAUGCCUCUAUACGAGGAGUGCCGGUCUACGUGCUUUUGGAUGGUUUCCAUUUGAAAGGUUUCCUCGCGAUGGCUGAAAAUCAAGGUGUCAAAAUUCAUCAACUCAGAAACAUGAGGGUGCGCACUGUGAAAGGUCUGGAUUACCUCUGUCGAUCAGGAGCUAAAUUUCAUGGAGCAAUGGAGCCAAAGUUUCUUUUAGUCGACUGCCUCACAGCGAUUUAUGGCUCAUACAGCUUCACAUGGUCGUUUGAAAAAAUUAAUCUGAGCAUGGUGCAGGUGAUCACAGGCCACCUGGUGAAGUCCUACGACGAGGAGUUUCGAACACUCUACGCCCGCUCGACUGUGCCAGCUGAGCUGUGCCCUCAAGAAGUGUUGUUCCAAUGCAAUGGACCACAUGGACAACUUAUUUUGCCAAACACUCAGUCUGCCAAAAACAUUGAUCAGAAGGACCAGUUGAGGCAUACGCUGGACGCAGUCUAUCGGAAGACUUGCGGGAGGGAACCAGGAGCGAGAGAUCUUGAGGAGGGGCUCUUUGAAGAGGAACCCAACAAGUUUAGGACCUUUAUUGAGAACGGGAUCGCUGUUCAGAACCAGAUGCCCCAAUUUCAGUCUACAGAGUCGAUGAACUUCAUUAAAAGGCACAGCUAUGCUGGGGAGAGACAAGAUGGACCUAUGCCGCAGAACAUCAGGCCCGGAGCGAGCAAUUGGAAUAUCUCCAGAGAAAACGGAAACGGAAUAAACCACUACCCCAUAGACAAUUACUUACAGGUUCCACAGAUACAUAGGGGCCAAAACAUGCGUCAGUCUUACAAUGGCAAUGACAAGCAGAUUGUUUCCAUGCAGCAGAACAUGCCGACGCUAGAGAAUUCAUCCAAGUCCUUCAUGCGCACAUUGAGGCUUGAGUCUUACCUCAAACACCCUGACGUCCCAUUCGGAGACUCUUGUGACUAUUUAGACCAGUUUGAACCACAGGACAAAGCAAACACCUUCAUGCAGGGAAGGAUAAGGUCUUCCCUUGUUUUCAGGUCCACCAUACCAGAGCAAAUGGAGCCAAACCGACAUCUUCACAACUCCUCCACCAGUGUCAACACCUUAGCAGUCCCAAACAGUCCUUUACACUACUCAUCCAUGCAGUGGAAUCCAACUGCAGCAGCUGAAAAUAAGAUAAGUAAUGACGAGUACAUGGUAAAGAGGCAAAGUUCGCAGAUUUUUAAUGACAAUCGGAAUAACGCAAACUCUGGUCCAGGUAGAAACUCUUACCACUCUGUAUACGCUAGCUUAGGCAGAGCUCCAGGUGGUCACAUGGUCACAAACCAGGACACCAUGUCAGACAGUUGGCACAAAAGGCAUAGCGUAGCAGACCCAAGAUCAAACACUGAGUACAAGCAUGAAUCAUCAGAUCACAUGUAUGGAGCUUUUGCAAGGACCCAAGUGAAUAGAAGCACAGCAGGGUUCAAUGCACAGAGUGGUGGAUACGGUUCAAAUCUGAAAGAAGACCAGAAAUCUGCUUCUCAUUAUGAUGUCAACAGUGACAUAGGCACAAAGAGCCAUGGUAAUCCCAUUUGGCAGGAUCUGCCAUCCCGGACUGUGUCGGCAACAGCCCUGGAUGUUGAUAGCAAGGAUUUAACAGCUAAAUCCAACAGCACAAGCUCACAGCUCUUUGCAAAGAAGACUUCCAAAAAAAUAAAAUCGUUGCUUAACAUACCAGAGAAGAAAGAGGAUUCAGUAGGAGCCAUUGAAACACAUAGUCUGAAGUCAACUGGCAGCACAGACACCUUAACAGCUGAGGAUGAGGAAAGGACAUCCUAUAGAGGAGGAAAUCGUCCCCAAAGCACAGCCCACUCUGUCAGGUCCUCCUCGCAGCACCAGAGGAAGCAGAUAGAGGGCGAAAAUCGAGCGCCUUCAAAACCUCAUUUCAGAACUGAGGAGCACAGAAAUCCAGUGCAAGUCUCUCUUCCUAAACUGAGCUCACAGAAGAAACCCAGCGUUUUUGACAGAGGCGUAAGGCCCGUCCCUGACUCGGCAAGGUGGAACAAAGAACAAGGCCCGGAGACUCGCCUUUACAGCAGAUUUGAGCCCUUCGGCUCGUUUGAAAAGAAACACUCUGCACACGGCUUUGGAAACUCCCAGGAGAAACCCAAAGGCCUUCCUGGAGGUGAGGAUGCCAUCGAACACAACCUCACCCGGGCUGCAAGAGGGCACCAUGAGAAUAAGCUGGAGAAAUUCAUUCAACGAAUGGGGCAUCUCAUUAACAAGAACAAGUAGCAAAUCUCCACAGCUCACUUCUUACCAAUGCACAUUUGAGUCAUUAUGUAAAUAUUCUUACAGUUGGUCUUUAUUUCUGUGUUUAAUUGUUUCUAGCAAACACUGUUUACAUGUUGACCUCCACUUUUGUUAUUGUGUACAUAUGCACUGAUGAAUGUUGUUUUAUAUCAAUACAGAUAUAACGAAAUCUUUAAGUCUGUCCUCGACUGGUGUCAACCUGAAGAAAUACAUGCUUACAAUACAAACAACAACAAUCAAAUGCUGCAGAUGCGUUAAGUAGUAGCGGUGCCAAAUGGUAAUAGAUAGGUUUGUUUCGCGGCAACUGCAGGUGUGUUUGUGCACAUAGUACCAACGUGCUGUUGUUGCUACUGUACACUAAGAGGAUUAUUGUCAACUGGCGUUGAAAAUACCAUCAGCAGAGAAUCUAACAACAAAUCCACCUCAGACAAGUCGAAUGCCAUGGAAGUUGCAAUUUGUAAAAUGGACCAAACAGGACAAACCAAUGAAGGAAACGGUCCUCUGUGGCAAACAACAUCCUUGCAAGAUUUGUUUUAUUCUAUGAACAGACAAAACAUUAUUCAUUUUUUUCUUUUCUUAUUUUGGGCUAUUUUGCUUUCUAACAUUUCUUCUUUCAGACUAGUGGAAGGAAAACAUUGAAAAUACUCUUGGAUGUUUAUUUUACAGAGUCACCAAAGGUUUGCAGUAAUGCCUCAUUUACAUAUUUAAACAUUGCAUUUUAGAAAACUUGUAAUACAAAAAAUAAUUGUUUUAAUGUAAGUAUUCAAGUGCAUGUUGCAUGCUGCUUUAUAGUUUUACUCUCUUCACCUGGGGUGUCUUCCCUGAAAGCAGAACUCAAUGUGCACUACAUGCACAAUGAAAACUGCAGUACGCUUACUCACUGGCCAUUCAGAAGCGAUUCAAGUAUUUCAUUUUUCAUCCUUCACUCAAGGUGACAGAUGUGUGGGUAAGCACAAAGCAACAUGGCCUUCAGAGUAAGACAUAUGGAAGAAGAAGAAUUAUUCUCCUAGUUCAUAAAUAUUCAUUCUUUACAGUCAGGUGCUCAGUAUUCUGACUGACUAUUCAGCUCUAUUUAAACUGUAUAUUUAAUGGUGCUUGACAGCCAGUCCCACAUUGCUUCUCUAGGUUUUGUCUUAGUGAUAUAUGUGGUGGGAAUAAAGUGGAUCAUUUUAAAACAGCAGAUGUUCUUCCAGUGCACUUUCUAUAAUAAUAAUGGUGAUAAAAUGCUGAUAACAAUUAUUGA